AGAAUAUAUAGAGCAAUCAAUUAGUUCGUAUACUUGAAAAUUCUCUGAAGCUUUCAGAUAUUCAGUUAGUGUCCAUGGCUCCAGUUCUCAUUUCUCCUCUCAACGUUGGACAAAUCGAUGAUGUCCAAGAACUCACAAAGACUAAGCCAAGAAGCAUUCCUGAAAGAUUUGUGAGAGAUGUCACUGAAAGACCGGAACUUGUUUCUGAUGCAACAACAAUAACACCUUCACAUAGUGACAUGCCCGUCAUUGAUUUCUCCAAGUUUCUCAAAAGAGACACAGAAGACUUCCAAGUUGAAAUUCUGAAGCUUGCUUCUGCUUGUGAGGAAUGGGGAUUUUUUCAGGUAAAGAAUCAUGGGGUUGAUCAGAAACUGCUUGAGGGUAUAGAAGAGAUAAGCAAGGACUUUUUCAUGCUACCUUUGGAAGAGAAGAAAAAAUACCCGAUGAUUCCAGGUACAGUACAAGGAUACGGUCAAGCUUUUGUUUUCUCAGAGGAUCAGAAGCUAGAUUGGUGCAACAUGUUUGCUCUUGCAAUUGAACCUCACUUUAUGAGGAAUCCAAAUCUUUGGCCAAAGAGGCCCGAAAAGUUCAGUGAAACUUUGGAAGAGUACUCGAGAGAAGUGAGGAAGCUAUGUCAGAAGGUUCUAGAGUUCAUAGCUUUAGGGCUUGGAUUGAAAGAAGAAGCAUUUAUUGAGAUGUUUGGGGAGGCAGUUCAAGCUGUGAGGAUGAACUACUAUCCACCAUGUUCAAGACCAGAGCUUGUGAUGGGUCUGAGUCCUCAUUCUGAUGGAAGUGCCAUUACUGUUCUGCAGCAAGCAAAGGGAAGCCCGGUGGGGCUUCAGAUUCUCAGGAACAGAACAUGGAUUCCUGUUCAGCCAAUUCCAAAUGCUUUUGUCAUCAACAUAGGAGAUACAAUUGAAGUUCUUACAAAUGGAAAAUACAAGAGUGUGGAGCAUAGAGCUGUGGCUAAUGAAGAGAAAGAUAGAUUGACCAUAGUGACAUUCUGUGCCCCAAGCUACCAAGUAGAGCUUGGUCCAAUGCCAGAAUUUGUAGAUGAGAACAAUCCCACCAAAUACAGAAGAUACAAUCAUGGAGAGUACAGUAAGCACUACACUACGAACAAGUUGCAAGGCAAAAGGACCUUGGAUUUCGCCAAGAUUCAAAGCGAAAGCUCUAACUAAAACAAGCAAGGAGGCCCCGCUUAAUCAGGAGUAUCAAUGUGAACUGAAGCUUCUUGAUUGUGAUUUGAUUAUUAUGAAAAUGACUUAUGUGAGAGAGAGAGUGUGUGUGUGUGCGUGUGAGAUUGUGGGGUCACAUACUCAAAUAUGGACUCAAUGGUAGUGUUUCAAUUAUGUAUAUUUUGUUGGCUUAUAAUUAAUGGAAAAUUGUGGGGACUUGUGUGUGUGUUGGUUUCUACUUUCUGCGAGUUUCAAAACCAAUAAUGAUGAAGCAGAAUUAGGCGUCAA